CUGGGUAAGACAGUUAAAAUCUGUAUAUUAUUAAUAAUAAUGUCUUCAAUGUAAGUUGGUUUACACAUAAAGAUGAAUAGAAUAGUUACAGGACAGGUUAAUGUAUACAUUUCCAGCUAAAUGUUAACUGCUGAAGUUAGAGCUUUCUUGUGAUUGGGUCACCUCUCUGCCAAAUUUGGUGAGCUUUCUUUCUUUCUUUGUGUCUAUUGUCAGGCAUUGUGUAUAAAUAACACAAGCACCGCAGGGACCUCAGUACAGACAGACAGACGGAUGGUGGCCAAGAUCUUUUCUGAAAUACAAACCAGCCUUACAGAACAUUUGCAAUUCUUAUUGCUGCUGACGUUUGAACUCGGUAGCCUCAGCAUUCCUUUAGAAACCACUGCAGAUAAUGGAUUCAGACUGUCAGUCUAACAGGUCCUCCUCACCGGAACUGGAGAGAAGCCAAAGCCUCAAUUUCAAAUCUGGGCCAAUGUUCCAAAAACUGUGUGUGGGUCAGCGCAUGCCCACCAGAGGAAAAUUUAAAUCCAGUAGGAAAGAGAAUCAGGAGAACCUGCAUGAACUACGUAUGAAGGUGAACGGUCGUGAACGACAAAGAAUGCAUGACUUGAACCAAGCCAUGGAUGGUCUACGAGAAGUCAUGCCAUACUCUUAUGGACCCUCUGUACGUAAGCUCUCAAAGAUUUCAACGUUGGUGCUGGCACGUAACCACAUUCUUAUGCUAUCCAACUCUGUUGAGGAAAUGAGAAAGUUGCUUAGUGAAGCCUAUGGAGUUCACCGUCUGCCUGGUUGUACAAGCUCUUUGCGUCGGCCACAUAUUGCACUGCAACCCCAAGGUAUGAGCGCACAGCCACUUUCAAAUGUCGGUGGUUUCAUGGGACUAAUGACACCAGAAAUCCAUCACACCCCUAAAGCUGCUCCUCAGCAUUUUUCAGGACCUCUCUGCCCUUGUGUCACAUGCCUGCCCUUCUCACAUCAACUAGCAAGGACUGCUCCUACUUUACCAUUCUCAAGAACCAACAAAUAGGCAUCUUGUUUUAUUUGAGGGAUAUAUUUCAUUAGGAGGAUGCCACAUGAACAUAAAACAUUUUGUGUAAAUAUGUUAAAGACAGUCUAAAUAAUUAUUAUGUGACCCAAUGUUAAUAACAUAGAGACAAAAUAUAUUUUUCAUUCUAUAUAAAUGUCAUUAUUUGCUGUAAACUAGAAGCUUUGUGCUGUGUAUAUGUUUAU